AAUACGUACCUGCUAAGUGCUAGUUACGACUUACGACUCAGCUAAUAGAUUUGGCUAAAGUUCGAUUAUAUGGUUUUUGUAUUUUCAUAUCAGAUUAUUGUAGAACUACUAAAUUGCGUACGAAAUAAUAAUUUUUGCUUUUGGCUUAACGCAACCGUUUUUUUAUAGUCACCGAGGUUUUAUUUCUAUUGUAAAAAAUGACUUCAGGGCCUUAUAAUUAUUCUUAUAUAUUUAAAUAUAUUAUCAUUGGCGACAUGGGAGUUGGAAAAUCUUGUCUUCUACAUCAAUUUACAGAGAAAAAAUUUAUGGCAGACUGCCCUCAUACUAUUGGUGUCGAGUUUGGAACCAGAAUUAUUGAAGUGGCCGGCCAGAAAAUCAAGCUUCAAAUAUGGGAUACAGCUGGGCAGGAGAGGUUUCGAGCUGUAACUCGAUCUUACUAUAGAGGGGCUGCAGGUGCCCUUAUGGUAUAUGAUAUAACAAGAAGAUCUACUUACAAUCAUUUAAGUAGUUGGCUGACAGAUACUCGCAACUUGACUAAUCCUAGUACUGUGAUAUUUUUGAUUGGAAAUAAAUCUGAUUUGGAUGGUCAACGAGAUGUUACAUAUGAGGAGGCAAAACAAUUUGCAGAUGAAAAUGGAUUAAUGUUUGUUGAAGCCAGUGCAAAAACGGGUCAAAAUGUGGAGGAAGCAUUCCUUGAAACCGCAAAAAAGAUAUACCAAAGCAUUCAAGAUGGCCGUUUGGAUUUAAAUGCUGCGGAGUCUGGAGUUCAACACAAACCUGCCUCCCCUGGGCGUCCACUUGCUGCACCUCCUGCCUCACGGGACAAUUGUGCCUGCUAACUCACAUUCAACCCUGCCCCCUACAAGACUAUGGUAACAUGUUGUCCCAAAUAAAAUAUGUUUUCUAUCGAAUGUGUGUAAUUACUAAAAUUAUUAACAGUCUAGUUCUUUGUCUAUAUGGUCAGUGAGGGUUAAAGUGUCUCGUAAUGCAGGUAUAAGGAACAUGAGUAUCUAAAUUAAUUAAUUUUUUUAAGUACAUAUAAUAUAUUAUAAAAUAAUUUUAUUGGUAAUUACACAAAUUUAGAUGAAAAAAUUCAAGUACUAGCAUAAAUAUAAACACAGUGUAAAUCAAAAUAACUAUACCUUGUCUUUACUUUUUUAUGCUCCAUAUUUUAUAACAUAAUUCUGUCACAAACAACUGUCAUAAUAAAUUAAUUCUGUCUUAAUACAACAAAAUGUCAAUGUUUUUAGAAAAUAACUGAUAUUUGACAGUUAUUUUCUAAAAACGAAUUUUUCUAAAGAUAGUUGACAGACAGAAAGUUUUAAAAUACUGGACUAUAUUUCCUUUAUUCUUUCUUUACUAUAUAUAUAUACAAGCCAAAUUGAUUGAAUUUUAGUAGACCAAGUCUUGGAAUAUAGACUCGAGCUACUCUGUUUGUUGUUAUUUUGUUCAUAUUUUAUGCAAAUAAGGUGGCAAGCAAUAUCCACUUGGUAUCUAUUAUAAUUUUGUGAAAUUGCUUGUAGAUAACUGGGAACAAAUUGCAUUUUCUAAAAAAUUGGGGCAUAUAUCAUAUCGAAAUAGUAGAGUAAGUAGAUGUAUUAACAUUCCACAUUAUAUUUUUGGGUAACGGAUGUAAAUCUUAUAAUAUUAUAUAUAUAUUAAGAAUAAGUAAUGGGAUGGUUAUUCAAUCAUUAACAUAAGAUAUAUUUGAUUUUUAACAAAUGAAUCCAUCAGUUGAGUAAUUAUUGAAAAAUCAGCCCUUUAAUUAUAAAAGUGGAAUUUAUACCUAGGUACAGCUAACAUUUAGAAAAUUGCUAGAAUUAAGUUUAAUUUACAUGUUAAUCAUUUAGCAUUAAUCUUAUAUUUAUGUACAUAAAUUAUAAAAGUGUUAAACCCGAUUUUUUUUUAUAUUAAUUACCCAUUUUAUUAAAAUUUCUAUGGCUAUUUCUAUUUGGUAUAAUUGCUGUACUGGAACUGACAUCUAAUCUAAAUUUCAUCUUUGACAUAAUCGCCAAAGUAUAGAACUAGAGUAAAAAUCGCUUAAGUGAAGCAAUGGCAUAGAAAAUGAUGUGAAUCAUUUUUAUAUUCAUUGUGCAGGAAUAUUUUUCAUACUUGCUGUACUACAAUGCAGUUAAAUGUACUAUGAUUUUCUGUUUUUGACAAGAAUUCAAGCGAUUACUAGGAAUUUAUUUUGCACCUUUAAUCUUAGUUUAACAUAUUUAUCAUGUAUUAAACAGAAUUUAUUUAUAAAAUUAAAAUAAUUUAAGUAAUCACAAUAAAGAUCUUAUUACGA